AUGCAUCUGAGUGCUGCACCGCGACAGCAUGCCAGCUCGUCCAGGGAUCCAGACCGCGGGCCUCCUUCGUCCUCGAAAGCUGGUGCUGGCAGCCCUACAAAGUCGGGCACGACCGAUGCUCCCAAGAAGAAGGAGAAGCGGAGAAUGAUAGAAUGGAAAUACACGACAGCACCUAUGAAUGCGCGUGAUCUCGCUCGUGACGAUGAUUUCAUCAGCCACAUGCUUGUCGAAUGUCUGGGGACUAUUGAACCCUUGUCCGUUCACAAAAUGGACGCCUCUCGUAAACUUCCGACUUGGGAACCCGAUGUUAUUCUCGCUAUCGUUCAAAAGUACGUUGUCAAUUCCCCACCGGGGCGUGGCGCUGUUGCCCCAUACGCACGCGUCAAACCAGCUGUCGAUAUCCUCCUGCAACUCCGGAAUGUUCAACGCUAUAUAUGGCACAAGUCACAAUAUCAGAUCAAUGCAUUUGCAACUCAUAUGUCUCGUUAUCUCGAACUCUACUUACCGGGCGGCUCCAUCGAAGUCGCGCAGACAUCUCGUUACUCGCACAAGACUGGAAAAUCGGAGCUUUGUGUGAUUGCGGUAAAACCACUCAAGCCAGGGCAAACGAUUACCGACUUGAAAGGCUCGAUGGCGGACUUGACCGCCGAAGAGGACGAAGAGCUCAAAGAGAUUCGAGGAGCGGGAGCGCGGCGAGACUUUUCGGUCAUUUUUAGUCAUUCAAGAAACGUCAAUCAUCUCUUCCUGGGUCCAGCGCGGUUUGUCAACCAUGAUUGCGAAAACAACUGCGAGUUAUUUCGAGACGGACGAUACAUUACAUUCAAAGUUCUCAGACCCAUAGCGGCAGGGGAGGAAAUCACCGCCCACUAUGGUGAAGACUACUUUGGCAAGAACAAUCGACGCUGUCUUUGCGCUACCUGCGAGCACAAGGGCAUUGGCGGGUACGCCAUCGAAUCCGACUGGUCGCUCCACUCUUCCGAAUCCGAGUCCAACGAACCCCCCGCUGCACCCCCACAAGACAAACCACCAAACGCCCAGAGGCGACGGCGGACCGAACUCGACAACCUCAAAGAGAACCUCACCGACCUGAUGAAAGCCCCCGUGCUGCCCGUCAGCGCAAGUGAGGAUAGCGAGGAUGACGAAAAGCGCAAACGGAAGAAACGAAAGGAGAAGAAGGAAAAGGAGCGGAAUAAAGAGACGAGUCGGACUCGUGAUCGAGAUGCGACGCCCUUGUGCUCCAUCGACCGCGCAGCUGCCGACUCCGUCUACGACUCGCAGCUAUCGAUCUACAUCAAGUGGGACUCCGAAAUUGACGAGGGCGGCGAUGAAGCGCGGCCGUCUGAAAAUGCCGACGAGGAGGAGAGUGACUCGGAUGCUGACGCGCCCAGACGAUCGACGCGAUCAAGAACGCGGACUACGACUGGCAAAGGCAAAGGGAAGUCCUCGGCGUCCACAUCAAAGAGUGCCGCAUCGAAUGACUCGGAUGCCGAUGAAUCGAGCAGCACCUCGAAUGAAUCUGAUUCGGACGACUCGGAGGAGACGACGUCUUCAGAGGAAGAGAGUCGUCGGGUAUAUGCGUUUCGACAGCGAAAGUUGCGGGAUAAGGCGAAUGCUUGGGCAUCCGCUCGACGGAAUGGGAACGCUGGUGGUUCUGGUCUUGGUCCAUCUGCAGCGACGUUGGCUGCUUCGAAAAAGGGCAAGACGUGCAUUAUCUGCAAGUGGAAUGAGCUCGAAACUAAAAACGAGUUGACCUGUGGAAGAUGCAAGCGACAUUUUAACAUCUAUGGCGCAGCGUGGCCGAGUCGUAUCAGCCCUACCAACCUGGUUAAUUCUAGCCGCGAGAACUCGCCAGGCCCCAACGACCACGUUCGCGAACGUCUAUCUCGCCAUCAUACUGCCGCCAACAGCCAUCCAAUGAACAAGGACCGACAAGACGACGACGGGAAACGUCCGCUCAAGCGGCGGAAGACAGAAGCUGACUUGGACCCGCACUCAGAACUCGCGCGUGCGGAGCGGUUCCUCGAACGGGAACGUGAGCGCCGAAAGGCCAAGGCUUCGGAUGAGAGUAGUGCAGAGGAGGCACCCAAGCGGAAAGUUGGUCGACCUAGAAAGCACCCGUUGCCCAAUCCAGUCUCUGCUGAUCAGCCUCCUGUCGUCAAGCGGGGGCGAGGCCGACCGCGCAAGUAUCCGCGACCCGAGGGCGCACAAGGCGCUUCACGUGCGCGAGAUGCUGAAGAUCGCUCUGAAGAAUCGUCUGCGGAGGAUAGUGAUGAUUUGACCUUUGAUUUUGGACACGCCUCGCGCGGGGCAUCUCCCUCUUCGACGGGCAUGCACGUCUCACCUUCACCAUCACCAUCACCUCCUCCGCCCCCGAAAUUAUACAGCUUCCAGCCGAACCCGGCCAUGUAUGCGGCCAAAAAACUACGAGGGCCCGUAAUGGUUCUCCGAGAAGAGAUUUCCGAUGUGGAAGAGGUGGAAGAGGACGAGUCGAAUACGAAUGCAAUGUCCCUCGAUGACGAGCCGCGGCCGUUUCUUGCAUGGAUGCCCCGCCGUGACCAUGAUGGUUCCAACCAGAACGAGGAAUUGCACCAUUUCGUUAGGAAGCGUUCGCCUACGUUGGGUUCCAAACGGCGCAGAGGCACCGAUACCGAUGGCGAAGACGAAAUUGAGCCUAUCCAGGGGCUCGUUCGUCGGAGCUUUGGAUUGUGGCGGUCCGGAAACCCGCAGAGCUUUGCAGUGGAACGAAGAAAGGUUGACCCUGCUACCGAUAUUGCAGAGGAACCCUUUUUCCCUAUCCAACAACCCUCGCGGGAGACUUGUUCUCCCGAAGGCACGCCGCCACCCAACACGCCUGUUCGGAAUCAACGAGAACCCCCAACGGCGUAUUCAAAGGAAAUGCUGUCCAAGCUCAGCUUAUAUCAACGUCCACGGACUCAAUCCGCAUCUACCCUCACAGCCCAACAAAGUCUUCAACGUCUCCCGCCAAAGGCCAGCUCGUUGUCACGGAUAGAACCAACUUCCAUUGUCAUCUCGCGCCUGCAGCAACCGACAUAUUUGGGUCCUCAGCGUAGUCACGUUCAUGUGACCCAAACCCAUGAUGAUGAUGCAUCGACCACCACGCAGCCUUCCAUCGUGGAGGAGGCGACUUGGACCAAAGCAAGACCAUGGAAGCGCCCAGAGUCACAAGAUCUGCCGCCUCAAACUGUGACGAACACUCGUCGGUCCAAGUCGAUUGUCAGCGUCCCGCUGUAUGACUCGGGAGAGGAAGAGGUCACGCUUUCCACGGCCGAAGUGGGACACCCUGACCUUACCGUGGCUCAUGAUAUUGAAUGGCGUGACGAUUUCGACGAAGAGGAGCGUCAAGUUGAGCUUGCUCUCAAUACGUUGACGGACCACUACUCAGAGGACGAUGGCGAAUUGGCAUCCGGCCAGCGCUUUGCGUCCAACUCUCACAUACCUUCAUCUACUAAGCAUCAAAUAAUCGCCCCGGCUGCUUCUAUAAACGAGCUUUCCAGAGGAUCUAAUGUGGAGGACCGGCUACCAAAGCAACGACGACGGGAGGAGGUAUGUUUCUAG